CAAAUUUAAAAUUGAAUUGCGGGAUCUGGUGGAAAUUUAUAUAAUAUUGAAUUCACAACACCGAAAGAAUCCCAAUGUUAGACGGCGAAUCACAUUAAGCUCCCACUAUAUAUAUAUAAACAGAGUCAACUAACACCACUCCCCCAAACUCUUCUUCUUUUACCAUAUCCACUCAACCGCAUCUCUCUGUUUUUUUUUUUCCCAAAACCAAAGAAGGAAAAAAAAAAAAAGUCGUAUUCACUGUACCUAAUUAUCUCUUCCUCUUCAGUUCUUCUUUCCUAAGCUCACUUUUUACCCACAAAUUAAUUCUCUGUAAUUUUGUUGCCCCGAAAAAGAAGGAUGUCGCACAAGGGAAAUCGGCAUCAGAGGAGGCCCUCACAGGGCGUUUUUGUGUUUCCGGACAAUCUGUCAGAUCCCCUCCCGAAGAAUGAUGCCGGAGAACAGCCGAGCAAAGGGUUAUCGGGCGUCGAUCCGCCGGUGUCAGUGGUGGACAGAAACGGCGUUCCUCUGCCCACGCCGCCGGCGAAGUCGUCUUCAGGGGAAAUCUCGUCAGCUGAUAAUAAUGCAUCCUCCAAAUCUAAAGCAGCAACAUCAUCUUCCCAUGUCGCCGCCAGUAGCACUGAGUGAAGAACAACAAUUAGACAGAGUCUUUGGAGGUUUGGAUUUCCAAUGUAAUGGGGUGGGGUUUUUCACUGUGUAAAAAAAAAAACGAGGAUUACUGAAAUGGAUCUUUUGUUAGCUUCUUUGGAAUGUGAUCUAUGCGUUUAUCUCCCCAUUUUUUGGUUUCUUUAAAUUUAUUUGUCCCUGUCCUGAGUUUCCCUUUCUUUUGAAUUCUGUGAACUGUUCUUAUUUUUCUUUAAUUGAUCCGCAUG